AUGUCAUCCACCAAUGACACUCCGACCGCGACCGCAACCGCAACCCCCAAACCCCCAAACCCGAAACAACAGCAAGAACAGCAACAACAACAACAACAGCAAUCACAACCACAACAACCCAACCAAAAAGGCAGAAAGGGCGGCAGAGGCGGCAGAGGCAGCGCUGGAGGCACGGGAAACAAGAACCAUGAUCCUAAGACUGGCCGGCAAAUCACCGUCUCCAAGGCUAUGUCGUUUGUGCUGCGGCAUGCGGCGGAGAAGGAAGGGCUGAAGAUGGAUGCGCAGGGAUAUGCCUCUGUUGGGGAUUUGCUCGCAUGGCGAAAACUCAAAUCGUUAAAGGUCACAUUCCCCGAGAUUGUGGAUGCAGUGGCCAGCUCAGAUAAGAAGCGGUUUGGGCUGCUUUACCUCCCUCCGACUUCUGAGUCUACGUCUACGUCUACGUCUACGGCCCCGGAAGCUACAACAGGGGAUAUAACGACAACCGCGACCGAAACAGCCACCGUCUCCGCCCUAGCAGCAGCCACGACAGACCAGGACCCCGCCCACUAUUUCAUCCGCGCGACCCAGGGCCACAGUAUCAAGAGCGUCGAGGCCGCGGGACUUCUGGAGCGCCUCACCCUCGACGGGGACCGGUCCAAACUCCCCGCCACUGUUGUCCACGGCACCUUCCACGGGGCGUGGCCGUUGAUUCUCGAGUCGGGCGGGCUGCGGUGUAUGGGCCGUAAUCAGGUGCACUUCGCGACGGGCCCGACACGGGAGGUGGUGCUGGCGCGGUGCGCUGCGGCGGCGGCAGAAAAAGAGGAGGGCGGGGUGGUCGGCGAACAACAGCAGGUGAUCUCGGGGAUGCGGCGCGAUGCGCAGGUGCUGAUCUAUAUCGACCUGGUGAAGGCGCUGGAGGCAGGGUGUCCGUUCUGGCGCAGUGAGAAUGGGGUGAUUCUGAGUGAGGGGAUCGAGGGCCGGGUGCCGCUGGAGGUGUUUGAGGCGGUGGUGGAGCGGCGGCUGGGGACGAUCUGGGAGCGCGGGGCGGUGGUGCAGGAGUGGCCGGCGGAAUGGAGUCGGCGCCGGAAUCCAAAGGGAGGCCCAAAGUCCGACGGGAGCAAGUAG